AUCAUAUCCAAAAAGCCACUUCCGUGUCCAACGCUAAUAUUCUAACGGUUAUGGUGUUCUGUCAACCUGAACGGCAGUAAAAUGGUGCAGUGCUGUGUCCCGUGUUGUAACAACAGAAACGAUGUCAACAAAACUAUAUCGUAUUACUGAUUUCCCCUCGACGAAGAAGAGAGGAAGAGAUGGCUGAAGUUGAUACGGCGUGACAAGUUCAACAACUACAACUCCAGGGUUUGUGGGUGGCAUUUUCCUGAUGGAAAAGCAGCUGGGCCAACGCGGUCUGCAUGGAACGAUGGAAAGGCUUUCCCCGAUCAUAUCCCCACCAAACGAAAAAAAGGAAUGGUCCCUGCGAGCGUGGAGGAAGAAGGAACAGCUGGACCAGCCCUAAACCACCUUGACGUUGCUACACAGACCCCCGGUACUUCAAGUGUUGUGGUGCUUGAAAUUGAAAAUGAUAUGCUGAGAAAAGAAAAUGACCAACUGAAACAAGAAUUGGAGAAACAAAAACAAACAUUUUCAUUCAGUCAAAUCUCCUCCCACCCUGACAAAGUCAGUUACUACACUGGCUUGCCAGAUGUUGCCACUGUCCUCUUUUUGGAAGCCCUUCUCUCCAAAUUUGAUCUCCAGUAUCAUUUUGAUUGGAAUGUACAAAUUAUGCCCCUUAUCGAUCAGCUACUCCUGACUUUGAUGAAGCUCCGACUGAAUUGUGGCAUCCUAGACCUUGCAACAAGGUUCAAUUGCUGCCGUGCCACAGUCACAAACAUCUUCACCACCAUCAGCAGUGCACUGUACGACAUUUUGUAUGUCGGCAUGAUGGAAAACAACAUCCCCUCCAGAGUCAAGAACCAAACCUCCCUGCCAGAUUGCUUCCAGCCAUUUCCUGACUGUCGGAUUGUGCUUGACUGCACUGAAGUGGCUGUCUCCAACACAGAAAGACUGGACACCCAGAGUCAUCUGUACAGUCAUUACAAAGGACGCACCACACUUAAAGCUCUGAUUGGCAUGGCUCCUCAGACAAGGUGAUAACAGCUGACUGCGGAGUACUCCAACAGCUAGAACCAGGUGAUACGGUGAUGGCAGAUAAGGGAUUCACUAUUCGUGACAUUUUGCCUGAGGGAGUGUCACUGAACAUCCCAACGUUUCUGGUCAAUGGACAGUUCACAGUGCAGGAAGUUAACCACAACAGACUCGUUGCCAGUGCAAGGAUUCAUGUGGAGCGUUCUAUACAACGUCUGAAAGCGUUUGAUAUUUUGACCUACAUCCCAUAUCAGUAUAAGAAGCAUGCCAACAAGAUCCUUAAAGUAUGUGUUUGUCUUACAAAUUUACAGACGCCCAUUCUCCGUGAAAUAGCAUGAAUUGUCUGUCACAACAUUUUCAAGUGUCCUUGCUUAAAUCAUUAGAACAAUGGUUGUGAUUUGAAAGACACCACAGCAAUUCAUGCUUGAAACUGAAAUCCUUAAA